AUGGAGCCAGCUCCUCAAGGAACCGGUCAACAAGGCCGGCAGCAGCAGCCUGUGUAUGAUAUCAGGAAUGGUGGCCACUAUGGUAAAUUACAACCCUUCGUCCCCGCCCCUCGCACUGUGAUAAGAUCAUCACGCAGCGGCCAAAUCAUAGCGCAACUGUCGGGCGCGUGUCGAUUCACGGGUUCCGCUGUCGCAUUUUCAUCUGAAGCUUUCAUUGACAUAUUCGCAGGUGCAAGCGCAACGCUCUCUGCCCAAGGAUAUGCCCCUGUUGCUGAAUUGUACACUGGUACCUGGGCCAAUGUAAACCAAGGUCUGCAAGGCACGGCCCGCGAUAUCCUGACGACCUACUGGCAGCACGUUAUCAACCAUCUGGAAUCGGACAAUCACGAUUAUAAGAUUCAUCAGUUGCCGCUUGCCCGGAUCAAGAAAGUGAUGAAAGCCGACCCGGAGGUCAAGAUGAUUUCCGCAGAGGCCCCGAUCCUGUUUGCAAAGGGUUGCGAUAUUUUCAUCACCGAGCUGACGAUGCGCGCAUGGAUCCAUGCUGAAGAUAACAAGCGCCGUACCCUGCAGCGCUCUGACAUUGCUGCAGCUCUUUCAAAGUCAGACAUGUUCGACUUCCUGAUCGAUAUCGUUCCCCGCGAAGAAGCGACAUCCCAUGCUAAGCGAUCAAGCCAGGCCGCUGGAACGGUCCCUGGACCUUCCGCUACGCCUGGCCAAAUGCCUACCCAACAUGGAGUUCAACCACACAUGGGUCCUGCGGAUUAUGGCUCCCUUGGACAGCAUGGUCUCCCACAGGACCAGGAAUACCGUCCCCAGCCAGCUAUGUACCCAGGGGCGGUUCAAUCAGACCCGACAGCCUCAUAUGGCCAGCCUCCAUCCCAAAUGUUCGAGGGGAUGUAUGCUUAUCCGCACCUUCCCCCUCAGCAGGUAAGCUACACUGCUCGUUUGACGGACGAUCCUGGAAUCUAA